AUGGAGAAGAUUCUCGAAACUUCAGAAGACUUUGAUGUGGAUCUCUUUGACCGCGUAAUUCAACAGUUUUACAAAGGAAUUGGUGGCGACCAAAGACGGGCAGAAGAGGUUUUACUAGCAUUUAGGGAUCAUCCAGAUAGUUGGGCUAGAGUAGGCGUAAUCUUAAGUGAAAGUAAAUCACUAAAUGCCAAGUUGUUUGCUUUACAAGUCUUAGAGAAGAUGGUUAAAAUUCGAUGGCCAUUACUAGUUGAAAAGCAACAAGAAAGUGUUCGAGAGUACGUAGUAGAAGGAAUGCUAGAACAUGCAUCAGCCGGAGUACCUGAAGCUCUUCUAGUAGCUAAAGGUCUUAAUCAAGUACUUAAGGAGAUAAUAAAGAGGGAAUGGCCUGAGAAAUGGCCUGGACUUAUUAGUGACUUGCUAAAAGCGAGUCGAGGUGACUGUGUGGUUUGUAAACAUACUUUUGACCUAAUUGAGUCCUUAGCUGAUGAAGUCUUUAACUUUCCUAAGAGUAUGACUAAAGUCCGAGCUGAAUCAUUAAGACAACAACUAGUGAUUGAAUUCCCUGAGAUUUUUGAUCUGCUUCUUUCCGUACUAGAAACAGUUUCAAGAGGAGAGAUAGUUGUACCGGAUGAUUUAGUUAUUUCUGGCUUACGUUUACUAAGAAGAGCUGUACCUGUGCUAAGUAGUACUUGUGUUUUACAUGAAAGAACAGUCCAGGCAGUAGUACGUUAUGUAGACACAAGAUUUACAGUUGAAGCAAUUAGGACAUUAAGAGAGAUUUUGAUUAGAGAUACGGAUGAAUCUGAUCGAUCUUUAUUCUUAGAAGCUUUGCGUCGGGGUUUCUUAGAGGUAGCUGCGUUUGUAGAGAAGUGUUUUGGUAGUUUUAGUGAGAAGCAUGGUAGUUCUUUAAGAGCUCAGUAUAACAAAAUGGCCGUUGGAGAUACAGAUGUAAUUAAGGAAGUAGUUUUAUUCUAUACGGCUGUUUAUAAUCAGGCUAAGCAUUUAGAAAGUAUGGGUUGUAAUACAGUUGCUCCACUUUAUCCUUUACUUGAUAUUUCUGAGAUUAAAGAUAGUGAACUCUUUCGUUUGUGUUCUGAGUUCUGGACUGGACUAGUUAGAGACCUUUUCCUUGAGUUUCCUUUUGUUCCUCCUCCAGUUAAGCAACCGGCUGGUUUACGUCGGACUAAGUAUGCUGAUGUACUGGCCCGCCUGGUUCGUAUUUACUUACGGCAAAUGGCUCGACCACAAGAAGUCCUUAUUCGAGAGAAUGAAGAGGGUGAAAUGGUUCUGGAACGUUUAUCAGAAACAGAUCAGAUUGUGCAUUGUAAUGCUAUGAAAGAAACUCUCUUUAAUAUUUCGGGGAUGCUUAGUACGAGUCUUUCUUCUUUCUUCUUAGCAGAAGGUCAAGCUAUUCCCCCGGGUAAGUUCUCACGGGAUAAAGUUAAUCGGUUCUGUUGGACUUCUUGUGCUAUUAUUGGGACGAUGCCUUUAACGGCGGAAAGGGAGUAUGUUCUGGGUCUUUUAAAGAUCUUAUUAGAUUUAUGUUCUCGGCCGGAAAAUGAUGAUGGAGAUAGGGCUGUAGUUGUUUCUUGUGUUUUGUACUUAGUUAUUCAUGCCCCGAAAGUCCUGAAAAGUUCCUGGGGGAUGUUAAGUAUUGUAGUCUUUAAGACAAUUGAGUUUAUGAAGGAUGAGUAUGUUGGGGCUAAAGAUAUGGCUUGUGACUCAUUCCGGACUUUAUUUAUGGCAUGUGGUCCUGAGUGUUCUGUUUUACAUGAUAAGGAGAAAGAGCCUUUGAUUGAAAAAGUACUGCGGGAUUUACCUUAUGAGACGGCUAAGUUAGCACCUUAUCAGUUAGAAACGGUUUAUGAAGGGAUGUGUUAUGGAGUUGAACAUCGGGCUGGAACUUUACUGGGGUAUGCUCUAUCGGAUGUUUGUGCUGGUGCUAAUGAGACUUUAGAAGGUUUACAAAGAGCUAUUGCUGGGGUAAGAAGGAUGCGAGUUGUUUGUCGAUCGGUGGCUCCUUCUAGUGAGUUUAAGUCGGCUCGGGAACAAGCUAUGCACCGGAUGGUUCCUGAUAUUCAAGAGGUUUAUGAACGAGUGAGUAAUGGGCCUGGGCACUUACAGAAGGCUAGGAAUACUUUACAGAUGGAAAUAGUAGGGAUGUAUACGGAGAUAGUUAAUGAGUUUUCAACUGAGUUUAUUCAAGGGGGUGGAUUUAUUGCAACUUGUGCCCGGAUUAUCUUAGGACCAUUAAGUUCUGGUAUUUUCAUGGCAGCUGGAGUUGAUUUACUGGCUGCUCUUUGUCCUCGUACGGUAGAUGGGGCUAAACCAUUAGUUGAGGCUGUUUUGGGACCUUUAGCCCAAACUGUGCUUAGUAAUGGUGGUGGGGAAGAAGAACUGAUGAAAGCUUUCUUCCGACUACUAAACCGAGCGGCCCGAUUAAUUCCAGGUAUGAAUAAUCAGCAGAUUAUUGAGUGGUUAGUGAUCGGGGCAGGACAAACCCAUCGAGAAGUAUCGGAAGGGAGUAUUGAAGCUAUAGCUAGUGUGUUAAAGAGUGCGGCAAUAGAUACAAUCCAAGGCGAGUUCUUUGGGCUACUAGAAUGCAUAAUUGGGGCCGGAUUAGAUAAGGAUCAUGAAGGGGGUAAAGAUGCCCUAAUUAUGGCUAUUUCAACCCUAGUUCGGUACAGCAUUGAUGAAACUUGUCCCAGUCAAAGUCAAGUUCUAGAAGUCUUUGGUUUAAGACUGCAUCAAACUUUCCCGCAUUUAGCCCCUAGUGAUAUAGAAGAGUUUAUUGGCCGACUUUAUCAAAACGUCAACUCGCAUACUGGUCUGUCCGAAAACCUUGAUGAUUUCCAAGUCAAAAUCAAAACAAUCUAA